AGUGAACAUUUUAACUUACAACAAUCAAAUAAAAGUCACCGCCAAUCCCAAAGUCAGGCAAUACACCAUCGUGGAGCGCAAUCUGAUGUUGGCGUUCGCCCCAACAUUGACCACUAUGCCUGUAGCAACGGAAGUGAACAUUUAAACUUACAACAGCCAUAUAAAAGUCACCGCCAAUCCCAAAGUCAGGCAAUACACCAUGGUGGAGCGAAAUCUGAUGUUGGCGCUCGUCCCAACAUUGACCGCUAUGCCUGUAGCAACUUAAGUGAACAUUUCAACUUACAACAGCCAUAUAAAAGUCAGCCACAAUCCCAAAGUCAGGCAAUACACCAUCGUGGA